GUGAGAGAAAGGCAAUACCUAAUUUGGUAUGAAAUGGGCGUGGAGGACUGAAGUGAGCCCCGUUAAGGAAGAGAACAUCUGGGCAGCGUUACAGGAGAGAGGCUCGAUUCUCCUUUGUGAUAAAAACUGGAAUAAAGCGGAAAAAGUCUGUACAAGAGUCAUCAGAAGGACACACAUUGCACAUCCAAAAACUUCUUCAAUCAUGCCUCUGGUGAUCUUGAAGUCCUCCCGUCUCAUGUGGGUGCGUUUGGCCGCACUAGUGUUCACUUGUGUGGCAUUUAGCGUGGCGGCCCAUGGAGGGGCGGUCAGCGGCGGCAUGUACGACUGGAGCAUCUUCUGCUGGGCUUUCAGCUUCGCCGGGACCCUGCUGGUUUUGGUGGUGGAGCUCAUGGGUCUCCAAUCUCGUGCCCCUGUGUCCUGGAACAACUUCCCUAUUACUUUCGCCUGCUACGCUUUGCUUCUUUGCCUGUCGGCGUCCAUCAUCUUCCCGCUCUACUUCCUGAAGGGCGAAGCGAGGCGCAACGAGAUACGAGACCACCGAAUCGCCUCCUCGGUCUUCUCCUGCCUGGCCACCGUGGCGUAUUUCGUCGAAGUGUGUCUGACGCGAGCGCAACCGGGCGAAGUCGCCGGGUACAUGGCCACGGUUCCAGGCCUGCUGAAGGUUUGCGAGACCUUCGUGGCCAGCGUCAUAUUCGUGUUCGUCAGCGACCCCAUCUCUUACGACAGUCACUCGGCUCUGAAGUGGUGCAUGGCUGUCUACUGCAUCUGUUUCGUGAUUUCGGCAGCCAUCGUGAUCAUGUGCAUUGGCGAAUGCACUGGACGCUUGCCGUUCCCGUUCGCACGCUUCCUAUCUGCCUACGCUCUGCUGGCGGUCAUCAUGUACCUCACCGCCACCAUCAUUUGGCCGAUCUUCAAAUUCGACAGCCGUUAUUCGAGGAGCUCAAGUCGACCAGCCUUCUGUCAAUACAGUCCUGGAUUGUGUCCGUGGGAUAAACUGGUGGCCGUGGCAGUUCUCACCGCUCUCAACUUCCUGAUCUAUCUAGCGGAUCUGGUGUAUUCUGCCCGAUUGGUGUUUGUCACGGUGUGAGAGAGCAAACGGACGUCUUUUCCCUGACAUUGAUGAAAUCUUUAAAAGCUAAAGAUUUUGCAGACUGUGCUUCAAUGAGUUUGAGCUUUUAUUCCAAGUUUCUGGAGCAGGAGGAAAAUAUUCAGUGAAUAAUGGUGCGUUCAAGUCAGAAAGUUCGUACUUAUGAGUUAAACCUGCAUAAACACCACCACAGUGGCAUAAUUAUGAGUGGGAAACAGUAUUAGUUUAGUAGUUUUUAGUCUCAUUGAUUGAGUAAUCGUGCUGUUUAUAUAAUUAAAUAUCAUUAUCGAGUUAAUUAAGGGUGUCGAAAUAUAUUGGCCAUAUUUGAACACAUACUAUAAUACGACACAUAAUAAUUCAGUGGCAGCGCCGUUAUGCAGCGUUAUCUGUCCACCUUUUUCCUACGCCCCAUUACGCUUUGCGCAAAUUAUGGGAGUAACUUCUGUUUACACUGUAAACAAUGAGCAAAAGGUUCGCUCUAUGAUAAGCAUUUUCAAAAACUGGGUACAAUGACGUGACAUUAUUUUACUCACCCUUCAACCAUCGAUCAUUAAAAUGAAAUUCAAAAGUGUAAAAUCAUUAACGAAUUAGUUUCAGCGUGCCUCGAAGAUCCUUCUAUCCGCAGCAAUUUUACCGACGUGUUAAGUAUCAUUAUAUAGUAAUAUUUCAUAACAAUUACAUUUUACAGCGUCUGUGUGAAAACAAAGAUUUGGGGAGAAAAAUGCAAGAUUCUUAGUGCAUUCCAGGGAAUUAUUCCUGGUUUAUAUCGUAAAUUAAAUCGGGAGAGCAGACCACAAAUGCAUAGUAUAUGUUGUCUUUUUUCAUUUACUUUCAGCGGAAUACAACGGAAACAUGAAAAUAAUCAGGAGUGAAAUAAUGCAACCCAGCUGAAAAGAGCUAUAGAUAUCGUUGUUAUAUCACGUCACAUUAACAUAUCAAACGUAACAUUAUUCUCCUAACUUCUGAAAACAGAAAAUGAAUGAAAAUGUACAGCUCAUUCAGUCAAAAUGAUGGAUAAGGGUCAUCUUAUGAUCUGAAAUGAUUUGUUGCAGUCUUUUUGAGUAGAACUUUCCCAAACCGGAAGUGCCUCCCGUAAUAUAAAAAGCAGUAGGCUCGCUGGGAAAAAGGUGGAUAAUCUUCGGUUAAAUUCUCAUUUGUGGUUUGUUUCAUUCAUACUCGACACCAGAAGGUGCCCUGGCACAGAAAGUUCACAAGCGAGACUCAUAUACAUAAUAUAGCAUAUUACCUUCCAAGAAAUCCCUACAAAGCACCCAGCAAUCACUGUAGCUGAAUGAAAUGCAGAAAAAAAAAUGUUUUGUAUUGUAAAACGUGAUGAGAAUCAGCACACGAUUAUAACAGUAUACGUUUUAUCUGUGUUCUUCAAGCAAUCUCAGGUAUUUUCAUAAGGAUAAUGUAUAUUUAUUUUCCUAUAUUGUAUAAUUCUGUUUAGUGUAAUUGUUCCUUUUGUGUGCAAUGAAAAAAAAUAAUAAUAAUUUGACUGAUAGCAUUAUUUAUUAUUAUUAUUAUUAUUUAAUUUUUUAGGAUCUCUGUAGAUAUCACGAUACAUCAUUAUUGUGAAUUUUAGAGGCCAAUAAUCAUGUAGUGAAAUAUCUGAUAUCAUGACAGCCCAAAUAUAUAUAUAUAUAUAUAUAUAUAUAUAAUUAAGUCUUUAUUUAACCAGGAGAGAACCUCACUUAUAGGCGGCCCAGUUAUACAAAUACACGUAUGACAAAAAAACAGUAAAAUAUCAAUAAAAAUACAGCAUUAGAAGCAUUUGCAAAUCAUUAAAUCAUUUUCUAUUACACACACACACACACACACACGUUUGUUUUUGUGAAAAGUGGGGACAUCCCAUAGGCGUAAUGGUUUUUAUACUGUACUUACUGUAUGUGCUAUUGCCCUACACCAACCGUACACCUAAACCUACCCCUUACAGGAGACUGUGCAUUUCAACUUUCCCCAACAAAAAACCUCAUUCUGUGUGAUUUAUAAGCGUUUGAAGAGUGGGGACAUGGGGCAAUGUCCUGAGAUGUCACCUUCACCUUGUAAUACCUAUGACCUUUGUCAUUAUACACAUCUAUGUCCUGACUUUUCACAAAAACACACGCACACACAGACACACACAGUUGUGCUCAAAAUUAUUCAUACUCUUGGUGUGAUCAAAAGAAGCUGUGAAAAUAAAUCUUCAUUGUUAAUCCCUUUGAUCUUUUAUUUAAAAAAAGAAAAAAUCGAACCUUUCAUUGGAAAACAGCAGUAUAUUUCAUUUUACACACGAGGAACAUUUUUACUCCUAUGUGCACCAAACCCAUCUUCAGUGUUUGCUGCUAAAAAGUUCAUUUUCUUAGUUUCAUCUGAACACAGAACCGGUUCAGUUUGAAGUUCCAGUCGUCAGUUGCUUUACUAACAAUAUGGUCAGAUGAAACAAAAAUGAAAUCAUGACUUCCCAACUCAUAAAUACGAACUUUCAGGAGGACUUGAAUGCACCGUUGUAUUUUAAUGUGAUUUAUUGUAUUUUCUGAUUGUGCCACUGCUGCCUUAUGAUGGAGUAUCACGUCCACAUCGCUGUGUUCAACUACUGUAUGUUUUUGUGCUGUUUUAUGUGACUUGAAGCGCAUUUUGUCACAUGUAAGUGUUAUCAUUGACACGUUGCAUCACGCUAGCAUUUCAGCCAGGUCUGUGUUCAUGUGUUAUAUUGAAAGUGAACAAUUCCAGAGCAAAACAAUUUUAUAUUGUUUUCUUUAAUAUUUUCAAAUGUAUCAAGAACAAAUAAAGUUGUGAUAUAAACAA